AUGGCAUACUCCGGCGACGUCGAGGAGGUGCCGGAGCACGGCGCGGCUCACCCGGCCGAGGCAUGCACGGGCGGCUUGGCGGAGGAAAGCCGGCCGGUCGCGGCCGACGCUACGUCCUCCGAUCACCGUGCGGCGGUGGCGGCGCAAGAUCAAGCUGGAAGAAUAUCCACGUCCAAGGAGAAGCGGGAGGCGGGGAAGCUGCUGCAGCCAGCGGACAAGGAGGAGGAAGGGGAGACCGCGCGGGAAAGGCUGAAGCGGCACAGGCGGGAGAUGGCGGGGAGGGUGUGGGUGCCGGAGAUGUGGGGGCAGGAGAAGCUGCUCAAGGACUGGAUGGACUGCUCCGCCUUCGACCGCCCGCUCGUGCCGGCCGGCUUGCUCACUGCGCGCCGGGCGCUCGUCGCCGAGUCCUGCGCGCGCCGCCCGGCCCCGGCACCACCUGCGAGCUCCAGCCCUCUCCGGGUGCAAGACGGCUGCUCCUGA